AGAGGAGAGGGCAGGACAGGAGAGGAGAGGACAGGAGAGAGUUAUAACAGCAAAGGGGAGAAUAAAUCCAAACACGUUUCAUAUCUGAAAUGCGCCACUAGGGGGAGAUGAUGAGCGCUGCGACUUUCUUCUUCGGCUGGAGCGUUUGCUCACUCAGCAGCAUUCCUAACGCCACCGGGGAGCAGCUCGGGUCUGUCCGCCAUGCCUCAGCCUCCGGAGGCCGGGGAGCGACAGCAGCAGCAGCCGCAGCAGCAGCUCCCUCUGGUCCGCUCGCUGAUCAGUCGGCUCCCGGCUCAGGUGCUGUUCUGUAACCGCAGCCCGCGCACCGUCCAGCUGCUGUGGAUUAACUUCCGGGGACAGCCGGAGUCUUACGGCGAGCUGCAGCCGCAGACUGGGAGGAGGAUGAACACUUUUGUGGGGCACCCGUGGAUGUUUCGUGACGCUGAGACUGAUGACCCAAUGUUGGUGAAUAAUAAAGAGAUGUACUUGCCCAACGCGCUGGAAAAUGGCCAAGUAUCUAUGGUCAACAUCACACUACCAGUGUUUUCCCUGAGGGAGCGCUGUCUGCAGGUGGUAAGGAAACUCGUUCGGAUCGAAGAUUUCUCUCGGUUAGAAAUCGCUCGGAGUCUUCAGGAAGAUCUCGCUCAGAAGCCGAGCAUCCACUCAGACCUGCGGCGCAUCAGCCAGAGAGUGGAGCAGAGACUGCUGCAGAACAGAGAGGCACAAAACACCUGAACAUCACCGCUGUCUUUAUUAUUACUGUUAUUAAUUAUUAUUAUUGUUAUUAUUAUUGUUACAAUCCCAGGACAAAUGUUCAGCCCAGAGAACGACAGUGUCUUUCUAGGAAGAUGCAACACACCGGAAGGUGUUUGUCCGUGCAGAGGUUUGACUCUAAAACAACGGACUUUAGACGUGCUUUCACUGCAGGAACCUUUUUCAGGAAGACAGGCUGGAAAAUUUUACAGAGAAAGUGUAAGAGAGUGUGUCAAAAUCUUCCUCUUUUAAAAGUCGAAGAAGAGAGCCAGAAAUCUACUUGAGUGAAAGUCAAAAAGUGUAUGCAUUUAAACAGUGCAACAGUCGAUUUUUUAAAAAUUCCUCUCUUGUAUAAGUAGAGGAAAUGUAGAACAUGAUUUAAAAAAAAAAAAAAAAAAAAGAUGGAUUAAAGCCGUAGCAUUAGCAAAAGUUUAUAAAGUCGGUAAGAAAACACGUAUGGAAAAGUGUCUUCCGGAACGGAAUGCUCGUUUGUGUUUGGAUGCGCCUCCUGUCAAUCAUUUUAUAGACACUCAUCGGGCCAACUAAGAUCCUGAGGGCGGAGCUUCUUGAAAAUGGAGUGAGCGGGAUUGAGGGAGUGAGCUCAAGGAGUAAAAAAUAAAUAAAUAAUCUUAUCAAAUGCACCUUUUAAGUAUUAUAAAGUACAUAGACCACAGUGUCAGAAAACCAAAGAUGCAUUUAAGUAAAUAGAUUGCUGGAAAAUCGUUUGAACAUUAAAAAAAAAAGACUUUUCCAGCAAUUAUCUUAUACAGUCUACUGUGUUGGUUUGUUUCAUACAUUUUUCUGAAUAAUGAUGUAUAAUAUUUUGGUAGGAAACCUAAUGAUGCCUUUUUAAAGAAUUGCUAAAUUAAAAAAUGCAGGUCUUUAGUUCACUAUGUUUUGUACUGUAGGAUAAAAACAUAAAUAAAUAAAUAAAUAAAU